UCACAAGCUCUCCGUGGCAGCUGCCCAGUCAGCCUGCGGAGGGAGAGUUGGACUCCAGCCUGAGUCUCCUUCCGGUGGGGAGGAGGAGGAGGAACAAGGAGGGAGCAGCCAAGCGGCAGCUAUAGCGCGCGAGAGGCGCCUGCACCUUGAGGCUGGGGAGAGCGCCACCCCCACCCCCCACGCCGCCCCGGGCGACUUCUCCGCCCGCCCCACCCUGGAAUGUAACCUGCGGACUGUGCCCCUCCCUCCUUCCCUCCCAGACACGUCCAGAGAUGAACCUGCAGGGGCUGACCCAGGAGCUGUCCUUGUACCUGGAGAGCCAGGUCCCGCAGGGGCUGUGGGCUUCGGGCGUGGGCUGGUCCCUGCUGCUGUGCUUCGGGGUCGCCUACGCCUGCUACUACCUCAGCAGCAUCGCCAAGAAACCUGAGCUGGUGACCGGCAGUAAGAGCUUCCACCACUUUCUACAAGUCUAUUGCCCAGUAGUGAAAGAAACUUACUAUCCCCCUGUGUGGUGCUGGGAGAGCCGCGUCCAGACUCUCCUGCGGCCUUUAAUAACAUCUCGACCGUAUGUGCCAUACAGGAAUGAGCUUAUUAAAGCAACAGAUGGAGGACAGAUUUCCCUGGACUGGUUUGAUAAUAAUGACAGCGUAUCUUGCCCAGAUGCCAGCACCCGACCCACUAUCCUGCUGCUGCCUGGCCUCACAGGGUCAAGCAGGGAAUCCUACAUUCUCCAUAUGAUUCAGCAAAGCAAAGAACUGGGCUACAGGUGUGUGGUUUUUAACUAUCGAGGAAUUGCUGGUGAAAAUCUAUUGACACCAAGGACAUAUUGUGCUUCUAAUACAGAGGAUUUGGAAGCUGUUAUUCAUUAUAUAUGCAGCUUGUACUCCUCAGCUCCAUUGAUGGCAGCAGGUGUUUCUAUGGGAGGCAUGCUUCUUGUAAAUUAUUUGGGCAAAACUGGCACAGAAACACCAUUGAAAGCAGCUGCAGUAUUUUCAGCAGGAUGGAAUGUUUUUGAUUCCGUGGACUCACUGGAAAAACCUGUAAACUGGCUUCUCUUUAAUUAUUAUUUAACUAGCUGUCUACGAUCUUCAGUUAUUAGGCAUCGAGAAAUAUUUCAGUGUUGCUUUAAUAUGAACCCUCACAUGGUUGCUAAGACCAUCAGGGAAUUUGAUAAACAAUUCACUUCUGUCAUGUUUGGCUAUCCUACAAUUGAUGAUUACUAUACAGAUGCUAGUCCAUUUCGUAGACUGAAGAACGUUGGAAUUCCAGUGUUGUGCUUAAAUUCUAUGGAUGAUGUUUUCUCACCAAAUCAUGCCAUACCAGUAGAAAUGGCAAAACAAAAUCCAAACGUGGCCUUGGUCCUUACUUCUUGUGGAGGCCAUAUUGCUUUUCUGGAAGGAUUCUGGCCAAGAAAAUGCACAUACAUGGACAGAGUCUUCAAGCAGUUUGUUCAAGCUGUGUUUGAGCAUGGAAGCAAAAUCCUGAAUAUGUAAUAACUUUAUAGGAUUAUGAUUGCAGCACAGCAUCAAUUUAUGAUCAGGGUAAUUAAAUGUAUUGCACAUCAUUUAGCAAGUAAGCAUGCAAAUGGAUGAAAUCCAUGAUUACAAAGCAUAGUUUUCUUAGAUACCUAGCAAUAAUGUUAUUUUUGUAUGUUUGUUUUAAUAUGCCUUAUAAGUAUAAUAUUAAAUGAAAAGAGCACUUUGCACACAUGAAAUUGCACAUAACAAAAACAUUAAACAGAUGCUUUCACAAGUUAGUUUUGAAAAAUGUAACUAAUUCAUAUUUAAGAAUCUGUUCUGAUGACUUGUUCAUAUGUACUUAACAUUCAAAAAGUAAAUUCUGCUGAAAUUCUCUAAUGAGUUUACUUUUAAGGGCAUUAAUUGUGGAAAUGCACUAGAAACUUUUAUAAAUAAUAUAAAAUAGUGGUUCAAAGCCAUGUUUAACUUUAGCCAUGAACUGCAGUAGGAUUGCUGAUUACACUUAUUAUACCCUGUGAGGAUAUUUAAAGCACUGUUAAUUUUUGUCAAAGCCAUAUAUGUCCUUGCUUUUUUAACAUUGUUGCUUGUCAUAUAGCCUUUAUAUUUUUACAAGCUGUUUUACGUUGAAACUCAGAGGGGAAAUAAAUUACAUUUUUAAAGCA